CACGGGCUGGGGCUCAGUGGGUCGGACGCAGCCAUGGCGGAGGGAGGCGAGGGAGAGGAACUGCUCCGGCCGCCGCUGCCCGCCGCGGGCUCGCCGGGCCCCAAGCGCCUGUGCUCCCGGGGGGUGGGCGCGGCGGUGAUGGCUCCCCGCGCGGGGGGCUGCCCGGGGGGUCCCGUCCGCGCGGCCGGCGGCGCGGCCAACGCCGUCGUGGUCGGGCCGCGGGGGUGCUGCCCCACCUCGGCCGGGCCCGGCCCGGGGCCUGUCUGCGGGCCGGCCGGGCCGCUGCUGCCACUGCAACAGCCCGAGUCUCUGCUGGACGCGGCGGCCAAGCGAGUGGCAGGCAGCUGGGCCUUCGAGCGAGUGGAGGGCCGCUUCCAGCGCAUCCCCGAGCCCGUGCAGCGCCGCAUCGUCUACUGGAGUUUCCCCCGCAGCGAGCGCCAGAUCUGCAUGUACUCCAGCUUCCAGCCCGGGCGCCCCGGAGGAGGCGGUGCCGGGCCCGGCAACGGCGCGUCGGGGGGCGGCACAGGAGCCGCGGGCAACGGGACGGGCGCCGGCGGAGCCGAGGACAGUCCGGCGGCCACGGCAGCCGCCACCGGCGCAGCCCUUCCCCCCGGCGCGGCCCCCCUACCGGCCUCGGGCGUCCCUGCCAGCGCCGCCGUCACCGAGGGGCUCCCCUUCCGCAGAGGCAUCCGCCUGCUGGAGACGGGUGCCGUGGACAACGUGCUGCAAGUGGGAUUCCACCUGAGUGGCACAGUAACAGAACCUGCCACUGCAGCAGAAGCAGAAAUGACCUACAAGGUGGCCAUCAGCUUUGACCGAUGCAAAAUAACUUCUGUGACGUGUGGUUGCGGGAACAAGGACAUUUUUUACUGUGCACAUGUAGUGGCACUCUCACUGUACAGGAUUCGCAAGCCUGAUCAGGUCAAACUCCGUCUUCCUAUCUCAGAGACUCUUUUCCAAAUGAACAGAGACCAGCUCCAAAAGUUUGUUCAGUAUUUGAUCACAGCCCACCACACUGAAGUGCUCCCGACAGCCCAGAAAUUGGCUGAUGAAAUCUUGUCCUCCAACUCUGAAAUUAAUCAAGUGCAUGGUGCACCAGACCCCACUGCAGGGGCAAGUAUCGAUGAUGAGAAUUGCUGGCAUUUGGAUGAGGAACAGGUUCGAGAGCAGGUGAAGCUGUUCCUCUCCCAAGGAGGGUACUAUGGCUCUGGAAAGCAACUCAAUUCCAUGUUUGCUAAGGUCCGUGAAAUGCUGCGCAUGAGAGAUUCCAAUGGAGCCAGGAUGCUUACACUAAUAACUGAACAGUUCAUGGCAGAUCCACGGCUUGCUCUCUGGAGACAGCAAGGAACUGGCAUGACGGACAAAUGCCGACAGCUUUGGGAUGAGCUAGGGGCCUUGUGGGUGUGUGUGGUGUUAAAUCCACACUGCACACUAGAAGAGAAGGGAUGCUGGCUGCGACAGCUGCGGAAGUGGGGAGAUAUGGAUGUCUGCCCGCUGGAGGAUGGGAAUUACGGCAAUGAACUUCCCAACAUCACUAGUGCACUUACUCAGAGCUCCAGUCACAGGCAAAACUCUUUAGCAAGGUCAAGACGCACAGUGUUCACUCGUGCCAUCGAAGGUUGUGACCUGCACUGGCAGGAUAGCCACCUCCAGCGGAUAAUCAGCAGCGACUUCUACAUCUCUCCCUCUUAUCAAAGGGAGGGUGAGGGCCUCCUCUUCAACUCACAAGGACAGCCUUUGUGGCUGGAACAUGUUCCCACAGCCUGUGCCCGUGUCGAUGCCCUUCGUUCCCAUGGAUACCCUAAGGAAGCACUCCGCCUAACGGUGGCUAUAAUCAACACCCUGAGGUUGCAACAGCAGAGGCAGCUGGAGAUAUACAAGCAUCAAAAGAAAGAACUGCUGCAGAGAGGAGCAACCACCAUCACAAAUCUGGAGAGCUGGGUGGGGCACCCCCUCAAUCCCAUUGGUUGCUUAUUUCUCACUUUGACAGAAGCAUGUCGAGUAGAGGAUGAAAACUGCCUUGAAAUUUCAGAUGCUGGCGAUGCCAAGCCUCCCGUGUAUCAACAUGUGCCUGUGGCCAAUAGUUGCCCUGAGAGUGGGGAAUCCUACCUAUCCCUUGCUUUGGAAGUCGCACUGAUGGGGAUGGGGCAGCAGCGGGUGAUGCCAGAGGGCCUUUAUGCUCAAGACAAAGUGUGGCGCAACGAGGAGCAAAUCAUUGCCCGCUUGCAGGAGCUGCAGCUGGACGCUGUGCUGGUGCAGACGCUACGCAAACAGUGUAUCCUGCUCCUGGAAGGUGGCCCUUUCAGUGGCCUUGGCGAGGUCAUCCACGCGGAAAGCGUCCCCAUGCACACCUUUGCCAAGUCGUUUUCUGCCUUGCUGCCCCACGACGCUGACCUGGCCUACAAGCUGGCACUGCGCUCCAUGAGGCUGCCCGUUCUGGAGACGACUCCCUCAGGCGACGUCACCCACCCUCACCAUAUUGUUUCAGUGGUGCCUAGCAGAUACCCGCGCUGGUUUACUCUGGGACACUUGGAAUCACAACAGUGUGAACUUGCUUCCACCAUGCUGACAGCAGCCAAAGGGGACAUGCUGCGCCUACGUACGGUUCUGGAAGCCAUUCAAAAGAACAUCCAUUCCUCCUCUCUGAUCUUUAAGCUGGCCCAGGAUGCCUUCAAGAUUGCCACUGCUGACAACAACUCUGACACAACCCUGCUCAAUGUGGCACUGGAGCUGGGACUGCAGGUAAUGCGCAUGACCCUAUCAACCUUGAACUGGAGACGGAGGGAAAUGGUGCGAUGGCUGGUGACCUGUGCUACAGAAGUGGGUGUACGGGCCUUAGUCAGCAUCCUGCAGAGCUGGUACACCCUCUUCACCCCGACUGAAGCCACCAGCAUAGUAGCAGCAACGGUGAUGUCCCAUACAACCAUCCUGCGCCUCAGCUUGGACUACCCGCAGCGAGAAGAACUGGCCAGCUGUGCCCGCACGCUGGCCCUGCAGUGCGCCAUGAAGGACCCGAACUGCGCUCUCUCCGCCCUGACCCUCUGCGAGAAAGACCACAUCGUUGAGACUGCCUACCAAAUUGUGAUAGAUGCUGCUUCCACAGGCAUGACUUACUCACAGCUCUUCACCAUUGCACGGUACAUGGAGCACCGUGGGUACCCUCUGCGGGCGUUCAAGCUGGCAUCUCUCGCCAUGACCCACCUCAACCUUGCCUAUAACCAGGACACGCACCCGGCCAUCAACGACGUGCUUUGGGCAUGUGCGCUCAGCCACUCUCUGGGUAAGAAUGAGCUGGCGGCCAUCAUUCCACUGGUGGUGAAGAGCGUGCAUUGUGCCACGGUGCUGUCCGACAUCCUGCGCCGCUGCACCAUGACAGCCCCGGGCCUUGCAGGAAUUCCUGGCCGCAGGAACUCUGGGAAACUGAUGUCCACAGACAAAGCGCCUUUGCGCCAACUGCUGGACGCGACGAUAAGCGCUUACAUCAACACGACGCACUCUCGGCUCACCCACAUCAGCCCGCGGCACUACGGGGAGUUCAUAGAGUUUCUCAGCAAAGCUCGGGAGACUUUCCUCCUGGCUCAGGAUGGCCACAUUCAGUUUGCGCAGUUCAUAGACAACCUCAAGCAGAUAUACAAGGGCAAGAAGAAGCUCAUGUUGCUAGUGAGGGAGCGGUUUGGAUGAGCUUCUGCAUUAGUUUAAAAAAAGAAAGAAAGAAGGAACCCUAAUCCCUGUUGGUGGAAUCAUGCCUACUGGGCCAGAUGGACUAUGUUUUCCAUCCAGAGAGGAUUCCUGGAUUAUUAUUUUUAGGAACGUAAACCAAAAGCAGCACGGCAGGAAGGGGUUUGCUUCCCACCCAUUCGCAAACACCUUGGCAAUACCAAAAGCUAACCAGGAAAAAUUGAAUACCUCUUUCCCAAAGGGCAUGGCGGAUGGAGGCUGAAAAGCAAACCACCUCGAAGGAGGCAUGGUAAUGCGUUGCUCAGCCUCUCGUGCUGCCACCUUGGCUCUUUGCUGGUGGCCUUGUAAGAGGUGCAGCCUGCCAAGGCGGGCACAUUUCACCAUUUUCUUUUUUGUGAAGAUCCUUAACUGAAAAAAAACCUAACGUUAACUGUUCUCAGGGAUUGCUUUACUAAAAGUAACAGAAGCAUUUAUGAUACUGUAAAUACGAUAGUAUAUGUGUCGAUUAUUAAAUUGUAAAGUUCUAAUUAUU